AUGGUUGAAAAUGUUCAAGAUGAACAUAAAAUUAAAUUAACAACAGAAAUUCAUCCUUUAUUAACUAACGAUAUUUUAACGCAACUUAAAAAUAAUGAUAUCAGAACUUUAGGUAAUUUUUUAGAUAAAUCUAUCGAAGAACUUGCUAGGAAAUCGAAAUUAAAGUAUAAGGAAAUUUCACUGAUAAGAAAACAUAUAAUAAAUACUUAUACAACUAAUAUUUUCAAUGCCGAAGAAUAUUACAAUAAACCACUUUCCUCCAUAAUUCCAACAGGAAUACAAAGUUUAGAUAAAUUAUUAGAAGGAGGUUUACGUAGAGGGAAGGUUUAUGAAAUUUGUGGCACUCCACAUUCUGGAAAAUCACAAAUUUUUUACACACUAGCAGUUAACCUAUCACUAGAACGUAAUCAAGGCAUAUAUUUUAUUGAUACAAGAAAUGAGUUUUGUAUUGAACGAAUUGAACAAAUUUUGAAAUUACGAGGAUAUAAUUUAGAGGAAACAGCUCCUAAGAUUGAAAACAACAUCUUUGUUGAACAAAUUUUCGAUGUUAACGAUUUAAUAACUACAUUAAAAGAAUUGCACGAUGAAAUUCCUAAAAAAUGGAAUCAUAUGCGAGUGAUAGUAAUUGAUUUAUUCUCCAGCAUUUUUUGGCCACUAUCGUUUGAAGAAUCACGUUUAGGUUUUUUAAACUAUGUUACAAAUUUAAUAAAUUCAUUAGCUAAACAACAUUCUAUUGUUGUAAUUAUAAUUAAUUCUGUUAAGGUGAAUAUUGUUAAUAAAAGUGUAACAACGCCUGAUUUAGGUCAAUAUUGGUUUGACGUCCCAGAUACACGACUUUUAAUUAAGCAAAAUAUGUUUAAUGUUGAUAAUUAUUCGAUAGAAGUUUUGAAAAGUACACGAUUAAAACAAGGCUGUAUUGUAAAUAUUGUAAUUGAUAAAAAUGGUGUAUCGUGA